GAUUUAUUUUAUGAACAAAAAAGAAAAGAAACAAUUCACAAUUGUUAUUGUUCUUUUCAUUGAAAUUUAAUCAAAAUUUAAAUGUUAUUCUAAAUCCAUAUUCAACACCUACGUUUAGAUAUAAAAUUUCCGAAAAAACAAAAAUGAUAUCAAAUUCAUCAACAACAAUGAAUUUUAACAGUAUUAUUAUCAACAUUGUUUUGUUAUCGAUAAUAUCAUGUAAUCUGAUUCAACAAUCAUUAUCAUUACAAUAUUCAAAUACAAAUAAUGAAGAACAAAAAUCAAAUGGAAAAUAUUUUCCAAUGUUAAUGCCCGAUGUACGACCAAUGCAACCAGAAACCUAUCUUUGUACAGCAUUUAAAAUGUCACGUUAUGAACAUGAAUUUAUUGUUGAAUAUUUACCGAAUGCAACAAAACAAACAGCACAUCAUAUAUUAAUUUAUGGAUGUCAAAUACCUGGUUAUUAUGAACGUGAUACACCACGUGCUGUUUGGGAUUGUGGUGAAAUGACAUUUGCUAAUAAUCAUAAUCAUAAUCAUAAUAAUAAUCAAGAUGGUUAUGAUAGUGAUGAAUUGGAUUUUUUUCCACGUGGUCCAGUAUGUAAAGGUGAAUCACAAAUUGUUUAUAGUUGGGCUAUGGAUGCACCUGCAUUAAAAUUACCAAAAGGUGUUGGAUUUAAAGUUGGUCAUGGUUCGGAUAUUAAUUAUUUAGUAUUACAAGUUCAUUAUGCACAUGUUCAUCGUUUUCGAAAUGGUGAUACCGAUCAUUCGGGAAUAACAUUACGAAUGUUACCACAGGAUACACAAGAAAUCGAUCGAUUAGCCGGUGUUUUAUUAUUGGCCACUGGUGGUAUGAUUCAAUCACAUUCAUUGGACUAUUUUGACAGUGCAUGUCGAAUGAAUGAAAAUAUUAUUAUACAUCCGUUUGCAUUUCGAACACAUACACAUAAAUUGGGUAAAGUUGUAACCGGUUAUCGUAUCGAUCGAAAUAAUAAUCAUCAAUGGCAAUUAAUUGGUAAAGGUAAUCCACAAUUACCACAAAUGUUUUAUCCAAUUCAUGAAAAAAUUUCCAUACGACCUGGUGAUAUGGUUGUUGCACGUUGUACAAUGUAUAAUAAUCAAUCACAUCCAGUACAAAUUGGUUCGACAGGUGAUGAUGAAAUGUGUAAUUUUUAUAUUAUGUAUUAUGUUGAACGUAUGGAUCAUAAUUUGAAAAAGAAAAUCUGUUUUACAGUUGGACCACCGAAUUUUUAUUGGGAAACAAUAUUACAAGUACCAAGACAAGUAACUGAAGAAACGGAAAAAUUUCCUUGAACAACCAAAAACAAAUAAACAAAACAAAAAAGUGAUUCAAUCAAUCAAUUAAUCAAUUUGGUCGAAAACAUUGCACACCUACAUACACACACACACUGAACAAAGAAAAAAAAAUUUGUUUUUAUUUUUGUUUUGUCAUUUUAUUUAUUGAUAAAUUAUAAUAAUUCUUACAAUGAUGAUUA